AUGCCCCCAGAUAACCUGACCCAGGUGGCUGACUUCAUUCUAGUUGGUUUUCCAGGUGGAGAGGAAAUCCAGGUCCUGCUCUCUCUUGUGUUCUUGGUGGCUUAUGUGCUGACAGUGACUGAAAAUGUGAUGAUCGUUGUGCUUGUCUGGACCAACCUCCAGCUCCACAAGCCAAUGUACAUGUUCCUGGGCAACCUGUCCUUUCUGGAGAUCUGGUACGUCACUGUGACAGUGCCCAACGUGCUUGUGAGCUUGGUGACAAAGAAACAAAGCAUCUCCUUCACAGGCUGCAUGGCUCAGCUGUUCUUCUUCCUGGCCCUGGCCUGCAGCGAGUGCACUCUUCUGGCUGUCAUGGCCUACGAUCGCUAUGUGGCCAUCUGCAACCCCCUGCAGUACCUGAUCAUCAUGGACCACAGCCUCUGCACCCACCUGGCUGUCGGCUCCUGGCUCAGUGGUUUCCUCAUUGCCACAGGGAAGGUUUAUUUCAUUUCACGACAGACCUACUGUGGGCCCAACAUCAUUAACCACUUCUUCUGCGAUGUGUCCCCCUUACUGCAGCUCUCCUGCAGCGAUGUGUCAGCAGCUGAGCUUAUGGAUUUCCUGCUGGCCCUGCUCAUCCUUCUUGUGCCACUCAUUGUGAUUAUGGCCUCCUAUGUGUGCAUCAUUUCUGCUGUCUUGGGCAUACCUUCAGCCCAGGGGCGUCACAAGGCUUUCUCUACCUGUGUCUCUCACCUUUUAGUGGUCAUGGUGUUCUAUACAGCCUCCUUGUUUAUCUAUGCAAGACCCCAGUCUAUUGAUUCCUUCAGCUCCUACAAACUGAUUUCUGUGGUGUACACCAUCCUGACACCCCUCAUCAAUCCCAUCAUCUACUGCUUAAGGAAUCAGGAAUUCAUAUUUGUUCUUAGGAAAACAAUACCCUGGAGAGCCAUGUUGUCCUAG